AUGUCCUUGUUUGGCACGUCUCCCACUGAAGCUGCGCCUCUGAACAGCAAAUCCUUGUUUGGCGACGAGCCAGCGCGUGCGCCGGCAGUCUCAUCUCUCUUUGCCGAUGAUGGCGGGGACUCCCCGUGGUCGAUGCCGACACCGAAGAAGAAUGCUCGACAGAAUCUAGUCAAGAACCUUCUCCCUGCGACGGACGUACCGGAAAGCUACGUCGAUGCCUACGACGCUGUCUUGAAUGCGAAUGAGAGAACAGGAGUUGGCAUCGGCUUAGAUGGCGUCAAGCGCGUACUCCAGAGCAGCAACCUGAGCGAACCGGAGCAAUCGAAGAUCUUGAACUUUGUCAUACCGGGUGGCCAGGAAAGUGCGAACGGAGUUGGCAGGAGCGAGUUCAACGUCCUUCUCGCUCUUAUUGGCCUGGGGCAGGAAGGCGAGGACAUCACUCUUGACGGCGUGGAUGAAAGAAGGCGAAAACUUCCUGAGCCCCGGAUCGAAUACCUAGACCAGUUACGAUCGAAUGCCCGGCGGCCUGCGCCCUCUCCUCCCGCAGCCAAAUCCAGCCCGGUGAGAGCAUCGAAGCCUCGACAAGAAUCAUUCGGGACAGACCCGACGGCAGACCCCUGGGCAAGUCCCCCUGGCAACAGACUGCCACUUCCAUCGACAGCAGCUCACACCAUGUCUGCGAAUGGCGUGGCCGAGGAUAGUGUCAAGAGCACACCGAAUGGCAUUGCAAGGACGACAAGCGCAUUCACAACUGGCGAGAGCCAAGGAAGUGGGAGCGGAAGUCCUGUGGCCGAGCGCUCAUCGGACAGCGCAGGCACUGGCUGGAACAGCUAUAAUGGAAAUUCGGGUGGCUUCGCAGAACAAGCCACACUGCGCGGAGGGUUCGACGAUGCUGGGGAUCGGUCGGGCCGCUCAGGUCGAGAGGCGCAAAGCGCUGUGUCGCAAAGCAUUAGUCUACCACCAGGGACGGGGGAGAGCGUGACGAUAACAAUGUUGCCCGAGAAGGAGGGCAUGUUUCUGUUUCAGCACCGCAACUACGAGGUCAAAACACUCCGAAGAGGCAGCAGCGUGGUCAGACGAUACAGUGAUUUCGUCUGGCUACUUGACUGCUUGCAGAAACGCUAUCCUUUCCGACGGUUACCCCUACUACCUCCUAAGCGUGUACAAGUUAACGGGUCACAUCUCACAGCCGACGCAGGAGUCUUUCUCGAGAAGCGCAGACGAGGACUUGUUCGGUUCACCAACACGCUUGUUCAACAUCCGGUUCUGAGUCAGGAAACCCUGGUGGUCAUGUUCCUGACUGUGCCAACGGAACUUGCAGUCUGGCGCAAGCAGGCGACCAUCUCCGUACAAGAGGAGUUUACUGGCAAAGCUUUGCCGCCCACACUAGAAGACAGUCUGCCAUCCAACCUCCCUGACCUUUUCGAGCAAGUGCGCGCCGGCGUGCGACGUUCAUCGGAAGUAUAUAUUAACCUCUGCAUUUUGAUGGAGCGAUUGGUCAAACGCAACGAAGGGCUGGCAUCGGACAGUUGGAAAUUUUCCCAGGCAGUUUCUAACCUUACGGAAGCUACCGCGGACAGUUACGCCAUUGAUCCGAACGACGUACCACUGCUGAACGAAGGCAUCAAGUCGACGGCUAAGCACCUGGCUACUACACAAACAUUACUCGAAGACGAAGCCAAGGCCUGGGAUAGCGGUGCAUUGGAGGAUUUGAAGUCGAUCCGCGACAACUUCGUGUCGAUGCGUGAUAUGUUUGACCGACGAGAUCGAUAUGCUAAAGACAACAUCCCUCAACUCGAGAGACGGAUCGAAGCCUCAGAAAACAAGCUACAGCAACUACGGCAAAGGCCACCAGGACAAGUGAAGCAGGGCGAGAUCGAGAAAGUGGAGAGCAGUAUUAUGGCCGACAAAGAAAGUAUCGUGCAGCAACACGCACGAGGAGUAUUCAUCCAAGAAUGUGUAAGGGACGAGAUUGUGACAUUCCAAACAACCAUCUACGCCAUCAGCCGGAUGCAUCAGGACUGGAGUCAAGAGCGGGUCAAGUAUGCCGAGCUACAGGCGAGCAAUUGGCGGAGUUUGGUCGAUCAACUGGAUAGCAUGCCCCUGGGGGAAUGA